CAGUGAAGAUGACAUAUAUUUCAUAUCGGAAUCUCAACAGGGUCCAUCUUCAAACAAGAGAGGACGAAAGACGUUAAUGACACCUCGCCUGGCCGCUGCCUUGGACAAAUGUAAAGUGAGUGACAGGGAUGCAAUGCAUAUUAUUUCUGCCGUCCUAGAAGCUCUUAAUAUAGAUAUCACCGAGUUUGUUCUCAAUAGAUCGUCUAUCAAAAGAAAUAGAGAGAUUUUGCGGAAAAUAAAAUAUUCAUCAAUAAAAUCGGUAGGAAAUGAUGCAAAUUUUAUUGAAGUGCAUUGGGAUUCCAAAUUAUUGCCUGAUAUCACAAAAAAUGAGAAAAUUGAUCGGCUUCCUGUGAUCGCGGUUGGUUUAGAUUUUGAACAAUUAUUAGGAGUACCUGGAAUUGCAUCAUCAGCAGGAUCGGAAGUUUGCUCUGCUGUGUUCCAUAUCACUGAUGAAUGGAAUUUAACCGAAAAAAUUCAAGCCUUUUGUUUUGAUACUACAGCAUCAAACACUGGACGUAUAAAAGGAGCUGCAGUUCUGCUUCAACAAAGGUUAGGGCGAGAUAUUUUGUGGCUUCCAUGCCGACACCAUAUAUUUGAGGUCGUUUUGGCUGGUGUAUUCACGAGGACAAAAGCAAUUGUAACAUCCGGCCCUGAAAUUGCUCAAUUCAAAGCACUUAAAGAAAACUGGAAGAAUAUUGAUAAAAUGAAAUUUUUAGAUUAUACCAGCGAUGAAGCCGUUUAUAAUGCACUGAAAGAAGUAGCGCCCGAAAUUAUUUAUUUUGUGAAACAGAAACUUGCAGAAGAGCAACCACGUGAUGACUACAAAGAGUUUUUGCAAUUGACGCUCAUUUUUUUGGGAGAUAAAACAAAUGUGAGUUUUAGGGCCCCCGGUGCAUAUCAUUUAGCGAGAUGGAUGGCUAAAGCGAUUUAUUGUUUAAAACUUUUUUUAUUUCGCGAUCAAAUGAAAAUGAGAAAGGAUAAUUCCAAACUGAAUGCAGAAAUUUGCGUUUUCGUUGUAUACUGUUAUGUAGAGGCCUGGUUUUCAGCAACGAAUACUACAGGAGCUCCCCUAAAUGAUAUAUAUUUUUUGAGAAAAUUGGUUAUAUUUAAAAAUAUUAAUGAAAACAUUGCAACCAUUGCAAUAACAAAAUUUUUAAACCAUUUAUGGUAUCUAAGUGAAGAGUGUGCUGCCAUGGCAAUAUUUGACGAUAGAAUUGAGAGAGUUGAAAAAAUUAGAAUGGCUCAAAAAAUUAUGGAAUGUGCAAGUAAAAACAUAGAGACUGUGAAUGAAAAAGAAGAAGAAAAUGAAGAGACAGAAGUCAUUGAGAAAAAACUAUCGUUGCAAAUCCGAGAUGUCCAAAAUUUUGUUCAAAAAGAUCUACCAACUGAAUUAUUGUCCGCCAAUUCACUUCAGUUAUUUAAACGAUUCGGUAUUUGUGUUGAAUUUCUUCAGGACGAUCCGCUGAAUUGGGAAAACAGAGAGGAUUAUCGCACAGGAAAAAAUAUCAUUUCAACCUUAAAAUGUACAAAUGAUAUUGCAGAAAGAGGAGUCAAGUUGAUUGAGGAUUACAAUGAAAAAAUGACGAAAAAUGAACAUCAAAAACAAUUUUUGAUACAGGUUGUUCAGGAGUACCGGAGAGAGUUCCCAGUCGCCACAAAAGGAGGCUUACUUAAAUCCAAAAUAUGUAUCUGAAGUGGAUGUAUCAUUUCAAUAAAUAAAAAAUAUAGUAUUAGGAUAAACUAUA